AGGCAAGAGGAGGGAGAAGGGGAAGGGAACGGGGGGACUCGGGGAGGGAGGCCUGUGCCAGGGCGCGUGGUGGGAUGGACGGCAAAGCAAAGCGGAAGCGAGCAGCACGCAGGCAGGCCGCCCGCAGGCAGAGAGGGAGAUGGGAGAAAUUACGCGUCGCCCAGCACGAGCCCCCCACCCGGACCCGCGCCCGGGGUCCUCCCGUUCCUCGCCUCCCCUCCUCACCCGCGAGCGUCAUCCAUCCCCCCUUCCCGUCUUCCCCUCCACCUCGUCACGCCGCACGGGCCCGGCCCAAAUACCCUCGCCCCUCGCCUCCCACCUCCCGGACGCGCUCUCGCCACAAACCCUAACCCUAUCUCCUCACCGGCUCGCCGCCGCCGCGCCGCCGGUCAGUCGUCGGCCCACUCCGUCCGAGGUGCGUGAAAUUGGCUAGUGCAAAGGUGACCCAGCUGGAGUUCGGCGUGUGUGGUAAUGGAGGGGCGUGGGAACCCUCCACUUAGCACCACUGAAGCAGUGAUGAAGAAGCCAAGGAGUGUUGCGUCGAGGAAGCCAAGGUCCACGGAGCAACUCGCCUCUGAGUACAAUGGCAUGUGUGCGCCGUCUCGGAACAUUUCCCAGGAUGAUGACACCGGCGUCGAAGCCGGUGGGCACCGGAGGAAAGAGCUAUACCUAAAUAGCCCUGAGAUGAAGGGCUCCAUGACUCAUAAGAAUGACGUGUCCAGGAAGAUAAGGAAGGAAGACAGAUCUGGAGGAGACUAUGAUGGUCACAGCCGGAGCAGCAAAUCAAAGGAUGCUGCCAGACGUGGUGAUGGUGUUCUUGCACUGGAGUGUACUACAAGGUCUGGAUCCCCUGAUAACCCACGGUUGGUCCCGAGGGAUGGCAGUGUGCAUGGUGAGAAUAGUAUUAGAAAAGUAAAGCUCAAAGUUGGCGGGAUUACUCGAACCAUACAUACAAAAACCAUCCAAGAAGCGGGUGGUAGUGGCAUUCCUGCCACAUCGGAUGGCUCUUCUCAUCGGCAUAAGCACAAGGAUUCUGGUGGGCACACAAACAGAGAUACCCAUGGUAAUCGUGUUGAAGGAAAACAUGGCAAUCGGCAUGACAUCUCGCCAUCUUCUGACCUUGUUCGUAAGAGCAAAAGGAUUCCUAAGAAGAAACCACUUGAUGGAGAUUCUGAUGAUGAAGAUGGUGAAUUGCGCUAUCUGGAAAAACUCCGAGGGGCUAAAGUUGCACCAGAUCCUAUGACCCCUGGGCAUGGAGCUUAUGAUGAUUCUGUUGAUGAUGGUCUCAAGAAAAAGAAGCUGCCCAAGGUUUCUAAAAACAAGAGCACCCCAUAUGAAGUGGAUGAGGACUUUACAAUGUCACGGUUUGUCAGGGAUGGUAGGAAGAAUUUACAAUUAGGGGAUGGCAAUGAGUCUAUUGAAGAGGAGGAAUCUGAGAUGGAUGAAAAGAAUGGGCUAAAGGAAGUUGAUUCACCUUCAGAUGCAAAGAUUGAAACUCCUGGUCUUACAACAAGACAGCGAGCCCUUCAAGGCAGGGGUGGGCAUGGUGAAAGCCUGAUUGAAUUUCCUGAUGGAUUACCAACUGCUUCAUCAAGAAAGCAAAAGGAAAAGCUUUCAGAAGUGGAGAUACAAGCCAAAAAAGCAGAAGCUGCGCAGAGGCGUAAGAUGCAAGUUGAGAAGGCAGAGAAGGAACAACAGGCUGAAGCAAUGAGGAAGAUACUGGGUAUAGAUUCUGAGAAGAAAAAGGAAGAGAAGAAGCUGAAAGAACGGGAGGAGAAGGAAAAACAAGCAAGAUUGGAAGAAUACAGGAAAAACUGCAUCCAGACUGUCAUGGGCCCAACUGGAACUGUCAUCACAUUCCCUGAGAGUAUGGGGCUUCCAAGCAUAUUUAACUCCAAGCCUGUCAGUUAUCCACCUCCAAGGGAGAAGUGUGCAGGCCCAAAUUGCACAAACCCGUACAAGUACCGUGACUCCAAGACAAGGGUUCCACUCUGCAGCCUGGCAUGCUACAAGGCUGUCCAGGGACGUCCUGUGCAGGGGAGUGAAGCUGCCCAAGGAAGUGCUGCUGCUCAGGGAAGUGCUGCGGCCCAGGGAAGUGUCGCUACCCAGGGAAGUGAUGCAGCCCAGGGAAGUGCCGCUACCCAGGGAAGUGAUGCGGCCCAUGGAAGUGCUGGGAAGCAAGCAUGACGAACCAAGUUACCUGACGCGAUGCAACCGUGACCGUCAGUCGGCUGGAGAAGUGUAUGUCGACAUGGCCAGCUCGCUGGUGUGUUGGUUUUUGUGGUUUCACCUGGUAGUAGUUUAACAAUCAAUCUGACAAAAGAUGGGGGUGACUGCCGGUUUCCUUCUGCCCUUCGUGAACAAGUUGGGCGUCGUCGUAUUGGUGGUGGAUCUAGUUAAACUUCUGGUCGGUAUAUUGGGACUAGUCGAGAAAGAAGAAAAAAAAAGUUGUACAGUAA